AUGUCUUUCCAUGUUAGAUCAAACAGUUCUCCAUCUAAAUCUCAUCCAGAAAUAGCCAAUGUUGAAGACCAUAUCUGCAGGCUAAGGUCCUCAGAAGAAGCAUCCUUUUCAGCUUCUUCCAUAUGCACACAAAUGGCCAGCCUCAGAGAUUCACAUGAAGUUAUUAAUAAUUUGAUUCAGCUUCCAUCUAUCCAACAAACCCUUAUGGAUCAGGCCAAUGAGUUGAUUGAUGGAUCUCUGGAGCUUAUCGACAUAUGUGGAAUUGCUCGAGAUGUUAUAUUAUUGAUGAAGGAAUCUGUUGAAGAACUCGAAUCAUCUUUGAGAAGAAAUAGAGGCAUUGAUACAUAUGUGAAUUCAAGGAAAAAAAUCGAGAAAAUGGUUAAAAAGUGCAUAAAAAAUCUGAAGACUUUCGACCAAUGUUCUACAUUGUUCUUAAACAAAGACAACAAUCUUAAAGCUGUUGCAAGCAUGCUAAAAGAAGCAUUGGCCAUUGGCUUCUCUGUGCUCAAGUCAACAUUGUCAAUUUUUGCAUCAAAGCAAAAGGCUUGGUCACUGGUUUCCAUGUUUAGUCGGUUAAGCCGUGUACAUUCACAUAUAGAAGAAGAAUUGUAUGCCUUGAACAUCAACAAGUUGAGAAAAGACAUGGACACAUUAUCUGUGCAAACUACCCCUAGAAUUCUUGCUCUUGUUAAGAAAGAACCCCCUGUUGUCAAGCAUCACGAAGGUAAGCUCCUCAAAGGCAGUGUCAAUAUUAAUCUAAUUUGGUAUGGCAAGUUCACCUCCACACAGAGGUCCAUAAUUCUUGAGUUUUCCCAAUCCCUUAGCCAUAAACACCACUGCGGCUCACCACCACUCUCCGUCGCGUCAUGGUGGAGCACCGCUGCGAAAUACAAAGGCGGUUUAUGUAUUAUUAACGUAGGAAAUCAAGUCUUUGAUCAAAGUUACUCUCUUGGAAAAUCUUUAAAAGAUGCUCAGAUUGUAGCCCUGGCUUCUAAAACUAGUGGCCAUGUUAACGGAGUUAACGUCGUCUUGAUGGCAUUCGACGUAGCGGUGGAGGACUUCUGCUUGAACAAGUGCGGGAGCCACGGAUACAUACGUGGCAAGAGCAGGAAAAAGAAUUGGCCCGAAGAUAUUGAUAAUUUGAUUCAGCUUCCAUCUGCCCAGCAAUCCCUCAGAGAAAAUAAGGCCAGUGAGUUGUUUGAUGGAUCUCUCAAGCUCGUUGACAUGUGUGGAAUUGUUCGAGAUGUUGUAGUAUUGAUGAAGAAAUCUGUUCAAGAACUCCAAUCGGAGGAGAGAUAA